UUUCCCACUCAACUCUUUUCCUCUUGUCGUAUCCAUUUCCCAUUUCCGAUUCCCUCAUCUGUUCUCCGGACAAAGAUCUCACUCCGAAAACUCUCCGCCGCGGACGACAUGUCGUCGCGUAACUCCAGCAACAUGUCCACGACCAGAACUCUCAGCGGAAUAUCCGAAAUGGACGCCUUGAAACUCGGCUUGGAUCUCGUGUCCGCCGCCAGGCGAAACCUGGGGUUCCUCCGAACUGUGGCUGAGUCUAGGUGGCUGCACCCGAAGGCGACGCUUGUUGAAGCCAUAAGAAGGUACAGUGAGCUCUGGUUGCCGUUGAUGGCUCAUUUGACGGCGGAGUCAACGUCAAUGACGACUCCGGUGGUUCAUCCUCCCAUUGAUAUUGAGUGGGUUUGGUUAUGUCACACACUUAAUCCGGUUCAUUAUAGGCACUACUGUGAGUCCAGGUUUUCAAGACUUAUAGGAAAGCCCACCAUUUUUGAUGAAGAGAAUGAAGAGUAUGCAUUAAUGAGGUGCAGAGAUUUUUGGGUCAAAAUGUACCCAGAUGAGCCAUUUGAGAAUGAAUGUGAUUCUGAUGUGGGGGUAUCAGAUGUAGCUAUUGAUGAGGAGCUAUUGGAGGAAGUGAGCAAGCAUAGGUUUUUGUAUUCGAAAUUUUCAGAGCCAUACAGGUCAGAGAUUGUGUAUUUGAUAGCAGCAAGGCAAAGGUACAAGGGGUUUUUGUUCAUGGUGCAGAGGUCUACUGAUUUGGCUUCAAAUUUGGUUCCUACCUCGGACAUUAUGCUAAUGUGGCUCAUCCAUCAGAGUUAUCCAACUGUAUAUGCUGAAGAUUUGAAAGAGGUGGCGGGUGAUUUGGUUAAAGUGUUGACUGUGUGGGACAAAGUCAAGGAAAAAGAGGUGGAGGAGACCAAGAAGUUGUGGGAGAGGACUUUUGAUCAACCAUAUGAGAAAGCUGGUGGGGAAAUAGCUUUGACAAUGGAUGGGGGUGUCUCAUUUAAACCACCGGUUUACUGGGAGGUAUCAGAUACAGAUGUCAAUACCAAAUACAAGCCCCUGCUGCCUAGGUUCUUGCUUGAGGUCUGUGUGUUUGUCAGGCUUAGGGAUAAAAUGAAGGCUAUGCAGGAGAAUAUAAAACGUGAUAACCUUCGUCUUCGAAUGGUUAGGUGUCAUAGGGAAUUAAAGCUUGGAAAACCCAUGUCCGACUUUUCUCAUCUGUCAUGGCGAAAAGCUUGGCAUCUCUAUUGUGAGUUUGGAACCAAAGGAGUAAUGGUGGAGCUUCGUCAGCGUGGUGGCUACUGUUUUAAAGGAAAUAGUGUGCAAGACACCGUUACAUUCUGUUGGAAUGACUUACUGAGAGCACCCUCUCUGUCUUUGGAGAGAGAAGAUGAUGAAGUGAAAAUUGUUACUUCGAUAACUCCACCAGUUCAGGCACCGUACCUAAUGAAAUGUGUGCCAGAUCGUGUCACAGAUGAUUCCGGGGCAAUGAUAUCAGAUGUGAUUCUGAGAAUGAACCAGUAUCGUCCCCAAGAAGGACGAUGGUUGUCACGCACUGUGCUUGAUCAUGCAGGGAGAGAGUGUUUUGUGAUUAGAAUAAGGGUGGGAGAAGGAUUUUGGAGGAGAGGAGGCGAAGCUCCCUCAGCUGUGAAAUGGGAGGAUAGGAUUAUAGAGAUUCGAGAAGGUUCUUGGUCGUAUGUUGCGGGUUCAAUUGGUAGAUCCCCUGUGAAAAUGGUUGGAACUGCUUUACCAAAAGAGCCAGAGGAACAAUGGAAAGCUGCAUGGCACUUUUCAACAGGAGAUGAAUUAAUGAUAGGGGGAUUGCCAUCGUCAGUUUCAGGUCUGAGAUUUUUUUUGAAAAAUCAAUCUGCUGAAUCAACGGGUAAGCUCUUGAAAGGACGAAGGAUGCAAUAUCAAGUAAAAAAGAAAGGGUCUGUAACUAAGGAUGAGGGAUGUCAAGUUUAUGAAGAAAGUGAAGAGGUGGAAGAGGAAGAUGAAGAAGAGGGGUUUUUAACCCUUGUCAGGAUCACUGAAGAGGAUCCAAAUGGAAGAGCAACGGCUCUUUUGAAUUGGAAGUUAUUGGUAGUGGAGUUACUGCCUGAAGAAGAUGCAGUAUUUGUACUUCUUCUAUGCAUUUGUAUACUAAGAAGUGUAUCGGAAAUGAAAAAAGAAGAUAUUGGAGGUCUGUUGAUUAGAAGAAGACUAAAGGAAGACAAAUUUGGGACCAGAGAUUGGGGUUCUGUUGCACUCCACCCUUCAUCAAGUUCAUCGUAUUCUUCACCUCACCUUGAACCUUGGUAUUGGAAUGCAAAGGCAAUUAUAAAGUCAGAGGGUUCCAGUAACAUUAGCAGGCAACCAUCUAUUACCGUGGGCUAUUCACCGGAGGAAGGCGGUGAUAAGUUGUACAGACGGGGGAUACUAGCAUGAGAACUGGUGAGAUAUUAGCAUUUUUUUAACUGGUGUAAAUGUGCUUUGUUUACCACUGAUCUUACAGACCCUUACAUCUCUUUUGUUCUUCUCUAAUGUGACAAUUGAAAUCUUGUUGGUGAAUAUAGUUUGUGCCUAUAC